AUGUUGAUGAUAAUACAAAUACGUACAAAAUUGUCGUUAAAGAUUUGAAACCCACAGAUGAAGGCGUUUAUACAUUGAAAAGUGAACAUUUAAUAUUGGAUACGCCACAUAUUCACGUAUUACCAUCGCAAGCGAUAGUGGAAAAAUAA